AGUCGUGCCCUUCACGUUCUCGCCACCGAAGCGGCUGCGCUUACCGCCUUGGCAACGCUCUAUCAAACGGACUCUGCCGCUCAGUCUGGUCUUCAGCGGGCAGUCCAUGCUGUCACUCGAGCUCACCACGUGGGAGGCAAACUCAUAACUUGCGGCGUGGGCAAGUCCGCCUACAUUGCCCAGAAGCUGACCGCCACCUGUAAAUCUCUGGGCAUCAGUUCGAGCUUCCUGCACGCCUGCGAGGCCAUCCAUGGCGAUCUCGGAGACGUUCGGCAGGGGGACGUAGUACUAUUCGUCUCCUUCAGUGGCAGCACACCCGAAUUGCUGAAUCUACUUCCGCAUCUUCCGGACCAAGUAAGGAUUAUGGCGUUGACGUCUCACAUGCAACCGGAGCAAUGCAAGCUUCUCUGCGACGCAGACGAUGGCAUUCUCUUGCCAGCGCCCAUCCCAGUGAAGGAAGAAGUGUCGUUCGGCGUGGCUGCACCUACGACAAGCACCACCGCCGCGUUAGCUGUGGCAGAUAUGCUGGCUCUUACAGUUGCUGAGCAGCUGCACGGCGCAGGAUCAAGGACGAGUGAGGCCUUUCGCCGUAAUCACCCUGGCGGUGCUAUUGGUGCAAGGACGAGUAAA